CGACGACUCUGCCAGCAACGGGCGAGAGGGAGGAGAGUGGAAGGAGAGAGGGACAGUGGAAAUGGAGGGUGGAGAGUGGGAGGAGAGAAAGAGGGAGGAGAGUGGGAGCGUGGAGAUGGAGGGAUGAGGGAGAGAGGAGAGAGAGUGAGGGUGGAGAUGGAGGGAGGAGAGUGGGAGGGAGGGAAAUGAGGGAGGAGAGAAUGAGGAGUUGACGGAGAGAGAGAGGGAGGGGGAGAAAGGGAGGGAAACGGCCGGGAGGAGAUGAGGGAGGGAGCGUGAGAGAGGAAGGGAGGCGAUGAGGGUGGUGGUGAUGGUGGUGGCAGCAAAGGGAGGGAGAGUUGUAAGUUGGGGGGAGGAGUGGGGGGAGAGAGAGCGGAGGAGGCGGGGCUCACAACUCUACGUUUCGCUCCGCGUCCCCCCUCUCUCUCUCUCGUUCUCUCACCCCCCCCGACAACCACCACCGCCUCCCCCCCACCACCAAUGCGCGCGCGCGCGCGCCCCGGACCAAUUAGGCGGAGUUCAGUUAUUAAGGCGCAGAUCAAUGAGACGGAAGCCACAGCAGCAGCAGCGGCAGCGGCGGGCGGAGAGCGAGAGAGCGAGCGAGCCAGCGGUCGCGCGCGCCGCCGUAGCGGAUUUACCCGCGCGGGACUCUUCGAACGCAGCAGCAGCAGCAGCCGCCUCUUCACGCGCACCUGGGAUCGUGACACGCGGCGGACCCCACCUUCUCCUCUACCUCCUACUCCACCACCCCCCCUCCCUCCCUCUCCACCUACUUCGAUAACUCAUAACUCUGACUGCUGCCCCGACAGCUGCACUCCACCCCCCCACCCACCCACCCACCGCUUCCAGGCCACCGUCCCCGUGGCUCUCGGCAGAGCGCGGCUCCGUGCAAGUGGCCACAUCUCGCGCACCUGGAUUGCGGAACGCGGAUUCCACCUCGUCCACCAUCUCCUCCGCCACCUACUCCACCUCCUCAUCUUUCUCAAGCUAUUACCGCUAAGACUGCCACUGAUCCUACAUCUCAUCCCCCGACUCCGAGCAGCAGAGUUUGUCUAAGUCCGUGAUUCGCGCCGUGACUCCGCGGCCCGCUCUGUCGACAGCAGCGCGCGUUGUGACCCGUGCCGCGACUCCAUCAUCAACACCGUCACCUCGUCGUCCACCAUCACCUCAUCUGUCGCCUCCGCCGUCGCCACUCAAUCCGCCUGUGAUGCAUAUUCCCGUAGACGCGGGCGUCAGUCGUCGCUUUACGCCACCGUCCACCGCCCUGCUGCAUGCCGCCCAUCACCACCACCACCACCACCACGGCAGCAGCAGCAGUACCAGCAAGAUGUCCAGCGACGCUCCUCCCUUGAGCCACCAAGACGGAGCUCUGAUGGGCGUGAAGAUGCGCGGCGCUGGAGGCGGUGGAGGUGGCGGUGGAGGAAUCGGAGGUGGAGCGCACGAUCGGCCCAUGGGGGACGUCCUGGCGGACCACCCGGGCGAGUUGGUGCGAACGGACAGCCCCAACUUCCUGUGCUCCGUGCUGCCCUCCCAUUGGCGCUGUAACAAGACGCUGCCCGUGGCUUUCAAGGUGGUGGCACUGGGCGACGUUCCGGACGGGACCCUGGUGGGAGUCAUGGCCGGGAACGACGAGAACUACUCGGCCGAGCUGCGCAACGCGUCGGCAGUGAUGAAGAACCAAGUGGCGAGGUUCAACGACCUCCGAUUCGUGGGCAGGAGCGGCCGAGGUAAAAGCUUCACCCUGACCAUCACGGUGUUCACGAGCCCCCCGCAAGUCGCCACCUACCACCGCGCCAUCAAGGUCACGGUGGACGGGCCUCGCGAGCCCAGACGACACAGACAGAGGCUGGAGGACCCCGUGAAGGCUGGCGCGGCAAUGUUCCCAGAACGUCUGUGCGAGUUGGAACAGUUCCGCCGCUCGGGGAUGCGGGUACCCCCACACGCCGGAGGGGGGGCGCACCCCGCGGCCCCCCGCGCCUCCCUGGGGGCUCACACCGCCUUCAACGCGCAGCCUCAACCCCAGAUGCAGGCCUCGUCGGAGCUGGGCGCCUUCUCAGCGCCACCGCGCGUCUCUCUCGAGUCGCAGUUUGCCGCUGGCCUCUCCACCCUCCCCGAGGGUCGCUUCGGGGACCCGCGCGUCCACUACCCGGGGGCCUUCGCCUACACCCCGGGGGGGGCGGCCUCCUCGGCCCUCGGCCUGGGCAUGUCGCCCAUGGGCGGCGGGCCGGCCGCCUCGGCCGCGGUGGCGGCGGCGGCGGCGGCCGCGCGCUACCACGCGGCGGCUGCCGCCUCGUACCACCACCUCCCCCCGCCGUACCCGGGUUCGCAGCAGGGACAGGGUCAGGGCUCGGCGUUCCAGGCGGCCGCCCCGGCACCCUUCCAGCACCUCUACUACGGUGCCGCGCCCUCCACGAGCAGCUACCAGUUCCCGCCGCCUGUGAUGCAGCAGCAGCAGCAGCCCGGCGCGGUGGGCGAGGAGCGGCCACUCGCUACGGGACCGCUGAUCAAUAACCCUGCGCUGCCCUCCGCGCACCAGGACGCCGGGGGUCAUGACCCUGAGGGCAGCCAGGGCAGCUCACCCACCAGCCUGUCGUCGGGCCGCCUGGAGGAGGCCGUGUGGAGGCCGUACUGACGCGGUGGAGCCUCGCCACCAUCACCACCAUCACCUGCGCCGCACCACCACGGGCUCUCGACCCUCUCUCACCCGCUCACCGCACCUCACCCCGCCUCCCCAUAGCCCCCUCCGCCCCCCUCCCUCCCCCCUCCCUCCUUCCCCCUCCCCAUGACCCCCCUCCCCAGGGUCCUCCCGACUCGCCUUACCCUACGGUCCCCUUUUAUCAUACAUCACACGGACUCUCUUAAUCGAUUAAUGGAAUCGACUAAUCGUCCAGAAGCGCAUUUAUCAAGAGGGGAUGUAAAUAUGUCAUCCGGAUUAGACUCAAUUCACGUCGCCCCUGCAGCCGCUAGAGGACGCUACAUUAAUACACGGGGGGGGGGCAGUUGUUGAAUUAUCUCACCGCUAAGAAUCAGCCCCGAGCCCCCCUCCCUCCUACCUCCCUACUCCCCAUAACCCCAUCCCUAACGCCACGCACCCCCCCCCAAUUGUACACUGCCAUUCAAGGUUUCUUGUUCACAGCGCCCCUCCCCCAACUGCCUUGCCCCUCCCCCCCCGCCGCUGUAUAUAAUGCUCCCCCCCAACUUCGCCGCCAUUCACCUCUCCCAGCUAAUGUAGAGACUCGCGCCACGUGAAUCCCUCCCCCCACACACACCCUGCUGUUGCAGGAAUCGGUACGAUGAGGUUUAGUGGGCCCGUGCCCCCCCGCUCACCCCCCCCCCUCCCCGCUCCCUUCCACGCACGCCACACGCGGUCGCUAUGCGGGGGAAGGGGAUGGAAGUUCCGUGAAUGAUUUUUGAUCAUCCGAUUGCAUUUCAACUGUUUCACUUCUUGUGACAGCGUUUUAUACAAUUCCGACCCCUCCCCAUCCUCCACUCCACGCUCGCAUCUCUCUCCCUCCCACUCCCCUCCCUAUUGUGACGUCACGUCCGGAUUCGGUGACGUCACGUCCAGGUUCGGUGCCGUCGACGAUGUUUUGUUCGUGUCACGUGGGGGGCGUCGUUGUGAACGUCUCAGCCGGCGCGGGUACCGUCGCGGCUACUGUAGCGGCUACUGUAGCGGCUACUGUAGCGGGUACUGUAGCGGCUACUGUAGCGGCUACUGUAGCGGGUACUGUAGCGGCUACUGUAGCGGCUACUGUCGCGGCUACUGUCGCGGCUACUGUAGCGGCUACUGUAGCGGGUACUGUCGCGGCUACUGUAGCGGCUACUGUAGCGGAAACUAUAUUUAUUAACAAACGAAAACCCCCCACAAGCCCCUUUUCUACUAAGCCCUCCAUCCUCCGCCUCCCUUUAGGGGGGUGGGGGCUGAAUUCAAGGAGGCAAUGGUUAGGGGUCACGCUGACCUCUUUGAACUCUCGUAAACCCGCUAAGCUGCGAGGUGGUAGCCAGGGCCAACAGACAGGAGUACAGCAAGCGGGAUCCUGAACCAAUCUGUGUAAUUGGUGAACCUUCGCUCUGAGUGUUAUCUCCGCGUGUGCACAAGUCGUGGGGUUUCUUCCUCCGGGUUCGUUGGAUUCCUCGCGCACGGCCCUAAACGCGUUCAAAGUUCAAAUGGAAAUUGGCCCAAUGUCCCAAUGAAGCAGGACUCUCUUGCAAAAUGAGUCGUGAGACUCGGUAAGGGCUUUUCUGGGAAUUGUUUUCCCCCAAAUACUGAGCUCGAACCCAAGGUAAGGCUGAGUAGGGGCCUUGAGACUGCAAGUCAGAGAUCACGUGGUCACGCCACUGUCCUUCACGCAGGAGUGGGGGACCUCUUUUCUGUGCACCACACUAGGCACGUGGUCUAAACGCGGUCCGGGGCCACGCUCGUCACCUGAUGCGCGGCCACAUUGAGGAUUACCGCUACUUCGAAACGGCCCAAAAGCGAUAGUUACCCGUCCCUGCAAGAACCUCAGCCGCACUAAUCGGGCCCUGGAGGGGAGAUAAUACUUUCCAGCUGGCGACAACGCGCAGUUUGAAAUCAAACACUGCGGUGAAAUCGGCUCCCGCCGUCCAUCGCUGAGUGGAUCAUCACAUCGCUGGAUCGAGAGAGAGAGAGAUUGCCUGAGGACGUCUUCAUCUAGCAGUGGAUUGACUAUGGCUGCUGCUGCUGCUGAUGAUGAUGAUGAUAACUGCGUUUCUCAUUGUUGCGUUUCCAGCCAAGUGUGUCUGUAGAGCCUUCUUGCAGUGACAAUAGCGACCAAGGCGUGUCCGUUAGUCUGUGAUUGACCGCCAAAGGGAGUUGAAACUCCGAUUCAGCACUCUGGAAAGACUCUUCCCGCCGUAGAAAUGCAUAAUUCCCACCACCUCUAGAGGGCUGUGAACUGGGAAUGCCUGUGGCCUUCUUGAUUCUGCCCCCAGUGAGGAUGAGGGUCUUCGAGCUGGAUGAUCAAUCCAUUCGUUGACGCAGGCGCGGGUUAGGAGUCAUGGGGUCCAUGGCGAGCGGGCUUGUGAUGGAGGGGGCGAGUCAGAGGCUGUAGGAGGGGAGGGAGGUGGGUUAUCCGGGGGUUUUCUCAGCCUGCCCCCCACCCCCCGCCUAUCCUCUUCUCGUCGGCGAUCGCGUGGUGAGUGAUGGAGCGCGCCGGUUGGCAAUUCAUCUCGCACCCGUGUCACCCACGCCACCCGCGCCACCCACGCCACUCGUGCCACCCACGCCACCCGCGCCACCCGUGCCACCCGCGCAUCUCGUGUCACCCACGCCACCGGCGCUCACUCCGGUUUGAAUCUUUAGUGGAAGCAUUUCCACACGGACGAUCAUUUGACGGAGAGAGGACGUCUCGUUUACAAGGGUGCCCAGUGUCCUAGCGCUCACACCGCUGGUCACAAAGCGGGUCAGGUGGGGGAGCGGGGAGGUCAGGUCCCCUACCUCCGAGGGGGGACGCGGUACAAAUGUUAUGAUGAUGGUGGUGAUGAUGGAGAUGAUGAUGAUGAUGCUUGAUGAAGACAAGAUGACCUGUUCAUAGAUAUAGAAGACUCGCGUCGUGAUAUCUUCGGCCUUUGACCCCUCCGCGUUCGUGAUUUCUGUUGUGGUCGCGCCCGCUCCGUGUGAACUCCGCGUAUCCGUGAUGGUUCAAUAAAGAGAGCACUUAUUUGAUUUGA